AAUUCAGAUUUAAGUGAAGUUACCAUUAACUCUCCAGAGUCUAUCAAUGUACUCUGCCACCCUAUUCUGCAGCCUGAUGGAGAACUAUCAGGGGUUAUCGAGCUCCACAGAAAUGCCUCAGACGAGGGCUUCCAAGAUGAAGAUGAAGAGAUUGUUAAUAGCUAUUUGGUAUGGGGUGGCAUUGCUUUACAUUAUGCUGAGCUAUACGUUCACAUGCGAAAACAAAGAGAGUUAAAUAUGUUCCUGUUGACCAUUGUAAAAACGAUAUUUCAAGAUAUGGUCAGCAUGGAUACAGUAAUACUUAAAAUUAUG